UCAACGCGGAAGUCGAUGCAGGAAGUGUUCAGUCUCGUGAAUGUCACCUGUUCUUGCUGGUGUUUCUUUGCUACAGAAACAUGAGCGCGUCGUUAGCGGUGCAGAGGUUAGCAGCCUUGAGCGGGGCUCUGGCGGUUACCGCCGGCGCUUAUGGAGCUCAUGGGUUCAGGCUGAGUAACAGAGAUGAGUACCAGAAAGAGCUCUACAGCACUGCCAACACCUACCAUUUCUACCACAGUCUGGCUCUUUUAGGAGCAUCUCGGUGCAGGAAGCCUGCUCUGGCUGGAGCAAUUCUCCUGACAGGCAUGGGCUGCUUCUGUGGUCCUCUCUACCACCAGGCUUUAACGGGUGAUCCCUCUUUCAGCAAACUGGCACCCAUCGGCGGUGUGCUUUUCAUUGUCGGCUGGCUUGCCAUGGCUGUCUGAGCUCUGACCUUUCUUUUCUUUUUCUUUUUCUUUUCUUUUUCUUUUCAUUUUCUUUUUUGCACAGCCUUCUGAUUGUUGACAAUUGCUUUCUGACAGGGGAGUGUUAAAACAGAGUGUUAAGAGCUGGAGAUGCAGAAUGGAGUUUUUCAGUCACACCUGUAAGAUGAUGAUAAAGCUUCAGAAUCACUAUUUUUACACGAGAAAAUUCCUUUAUACAGAAACAUCUCUCCGCGUGACAGAAGACAUCAGCUGCGUUCACGUUCCGGAGUGGCACAAAUCAUAAUUUUAUUUUUUUGCCUGUGAGAGUGACGUAUGUUUUUUAUUUGAUUUCUAUUUUUUUUCCGCCAGAGCUGCAAAUCUGAUCUUCACAAUCCAAUUUGAACCACUUUCAUUUGUAGUUCUAGAGCGGUUCCAUAUCCAGGACAUGGCCGCACUAUCUUCAUUCAUGUUUUUGAAUAAUAUCAUAUUACUUUCCACUGUUGGCUGCAUGCCAGCAAGAACUUAGUUCAGAAAUGUAUUGUGAUUUUAUAAAAACAACAGAAUAUCUUCUACAGUCUUUUUGCUUUUAUCCCCUAAUCAUGAACGGCCAAUUUGAUGCCUGUGAACCACUAAGUCAUAUAAUCUUUAAAUUUACUUGUUAAUUUCUCUAUUAUGGAUUAUCCAGGAAGUGUGAAGGUUUUUUGUGUUGUUCAGUUGUGGAUACUUUGGCUCCUGUAUGCGAUUUUGAUUUCAGAAAUGUUCCAUUUAUAAAUGUCCAAAAAUCAUCAGAACAUAUUAAAUCAAAUAAAUAAAUAAAUAAAUUGUA